CCGCUGUACGGGUUCCACGCGCAGGAGUUCAUCCCGUUCCUCGCCAGCGGCGGCGGGCGCGAGCUCUACUUCUACGAGGAGAAGGUGGUGGAUCUGAGCGACAUCAUCAACACCCCCCUGCCCAGGGUGCCCCUGGACGUCUGCCUCAAGGCCCACUGGCUCAGCAUCGAGGGCGUGCAGCCCGGCCAUCCCCGAAAAUCCCCGCCAGCCCCCAAGGAGCAGCAGAAGGCCGAGGCCACGGAACCCUGAAAUCGGCCAAGGCCCGGCCAGGAGGAGGAGGGGACCCCCAAAGGCAAAGGGCCCGGGGGGGCCGGGGGCGACGAGGGAAAGGAGAAGAAGCCCCCGCUGCAGGAGGGGCCCCCCCUGCGGCUGAAGGCGCGCAGCGUGCACGAGCUCUCCGUGGAGCAGCAGCUCUACUACAAGGAGAUCACCGAGGCCUGCGUGGGCUCCUGCGAGGCCAAACGGGCCGAGGCGCUGCAGAGCAUCGCCACCGACCCCGGGCUGUACCAGAUGCUGCCGCGCUUCAGCACCUUCAUCUCCGAGGGGGUGCGCGUGAACGUGGUGCAGAACAACCUGGCGCUGCUCAUCUACCUGAUGAGGAUGGUGAAGGCGCUGAUGGACAACCCCACGCUGUACCUGGAGAAAUACCUGCACGAGCUGAUCCCGGCGGUGAUGACGUGCAUCGUGAGCCGCCAGCUCUGCCUGCGCCCGGACGUGGACAACCACUGGGCCCUGCGCGACUUCGCCGCGCGCCUGGUGGCCCAGGUGUGCAAGAACUUCAGCACCACCACCAACAACAUCCAGUCCCGCAUCACCAAAACCUUCACCAAGAGCUGGGUCGAUGACAAGACGCCCUGGACCACGCGCUACGGCUCCAUCGCGGGGCUGGCCGAGCUGGGCCACGACGUGAUCAAGACCCUGAUCCUGCCGCGGCUGCCGGCCGAGGGCGAGCGCGUGCGGAACAUUCUGGAAGGGCCGGUGGUGAGCACCAUCGACCGCAUCGGGGCCGACCACGUGCAGAGCCUGCUGCUGAAGCACUGUGCCCCCGUGCUGGCCAAGGCGCGGCCGCCCCCCGACAGCCCCGAGUGCUACCGCGGCGAUUUCGGCUACCUGGGCGCGCUGCUCUGCUCCCACGUGGUCAAGGCCAGGGCCCAGGCGGCCCUGCAGGCCCAGCAGGUCAACAGGACCACGCUGACCAUCACCCAGCCGCGCCCCACGCUGACGCUGUCGCAGGCCCCGCAGGCUCCGGGGGCCCCCCCGCGCCCCCCCAGCAUCAUCAAGGUCCCCAGUGCCAUCGCGCUGCCCGUCCCCGUCCCCGUCCCCGUGCCCGCGCUGGCCCCCGGCCGCCCCGGGACCCCCACGCAGCCGUCGCCGCCGCCCCCCAAGUUCAUCGUCAUGUCCUCGGCCAGCAGCGCCGGCCAGCAGGUGAUCACGCUGAGCACGUCCCCCGCCCCCACGGCCACGUCCCCUGUCACCACCACUGUCCCCAGCGUGCAGCCGCUGGUCAAGCUGGUGUCCCCCGGCGUCACCGGCGCCGCCGCCACCGCGGCCGGCACCGGCGGCGCCGGCGGCCCCGGCGUGGCCGGCGCGGUGCAGAAGUACAUCGUGGUGUCCCUGCCGCCCGCCGCGGGCGACGCCAAGGGUGGCACUGCCACCACCGCCACCCCCCCCGCCCGCCCCCGCCCCGCAGCUGUCCCCCGGUGCCACCGCGGCGUCGCCGGCGGCCGCCGCGCCCAAGGCCGAGCCCGGGGACAGUCCCCAAGGGCCGGGGGCCGGCGCCGCGGGCAAAGCCAACGGCACCGCCGGCCUGGGGACGCAGGAGCCACCGGCGGCGCAGUGACGGCCACCCGCGGCCACCCGCGUCACCGCCGGCCCCGGAGUGUCCCCUGGGGGGUCCUGGAUGUCCGAGGUGUCCCCGGAGUGUCCCUAGAGGGGCCCCAGAGCGUCCUCGGUGUCCCCAGAGUGUCCCCUGGGGGGUCCUGGAGCGUCCUCGGUGUCCCCAAAGGGCCCCAAAGUGUCCUCGGUGUCCCCAAAGUGUUCCUAGAGGGGUCCCGGAGCGUCCUCGGUGUCCCCAGAGUGUCCCCUGAGGGGCCCCAAAGUGUCCCCUGGGGGGUCCUGGAGCGUCCUCGGUGUCCCCAAAGAGGCCCCAGAGUGUCCCCAAAGUGUCCCUGGGUCCCUCCGUGGGGACAGGGGGUGGCCCGAGGGUCCCCAGAGUGUCCCCAAAUUGUCCCCAGACCCCUCCGGGGAGGACAGGGGGUGGCCCGAGGGUCCCCAGAUUGUCCCCAGAGUGUCCCCUGGGGUCCCCCCCCCGGGGCUGUGUGGAACUCAAUAAACUCCCAGUUCAUCCCAGUUCGUCCCAGUUCAUUCCAGUGUCCCCAGAGGGUCCCGGGGCGGGGGGAGGAGCAGCCAAUGGGAGGGGGGGCGGUGGCGGUGACGUCACGGGGGGACAGGGACAGGGACGGGGACAGGGACAGGGCCACCCCCCCCGCGGUGUCCCCUGGGUCGUUCCCCCCGCGCGGUGACACCGCGGGACACCCGCCCAGUGCUCCCAGUACAGACCAGUGCUCCCAGUACAGCCCGGUGUCACCCGCCCAGUGCUCCCAGUACAGACCAGUGCUCCCAGUACAGCCCGGUGUCACCCGCCCAGUGCCCCCCAGUGCUCCCAGUAGCCCCCCAAUCCCCUCCCAGUGCCCCCCAUUUCCGUCCCAGUUCCCCCCAGUCCACGCCCAGUUGUGUCCCAGUCCCUCCCAUUCCCGUCUCACUCUCUCCCAGUUCCCC